UUAUAACGACCAUAGAAUGCUGAUUAUCGAAAACAAAUUUCAAUCGGAUCACGUGAACAGAAAUUACCGGGGAAUUUUAGUGGUACACAUUUACCUGUGUUUAGUUAUCACUGUUGGUUAUCUUAGCCUUUCCUUGUUAAAUCUACUAUUUGCGAUCAUUUGACUCUACAUACUUUUGUGUGUUAAACAUGAUAAUUGUGGUGACGUUAGUGUGUAUCUUGACUUUACAUACUUCACAAUGUGCAUCCUACCGAUACACCAACACAUCGUGUUUGGAGACUUAUAAACUGGACAAAACGAACAAGGAUAAAAUAACAUGCACAGGUGAACACGUGGUCAAUCACUGCAUUCCUGAUGAUCAACAUAAGGAAAUGGAAGUUUGUGUAGAGUGGAAAUGGAUUACACCAGGUUAUUGUCCAUACUACGAUAAGUUAUCAGAUGCUAUAAAAGAAGAAGGCUGUACAUCUUACUGCCUGUGGAACGAGGAUUUGUUUGAUGUUUGCAAAUGUUCAUCGACAUUCAACAAAAAUGGUUCAUGCAAAAAGAAAUGUGAAGACGCCUUUGGAUCAUAUAAGUAUAUCUUUUGUGAGCACGAAAAUGUUCCUCAUUUAGAUACUACAACAGUCAAUGGUACUUUGGGGGGAUAUGAUACAACACAUUCACAGGAAUCACAAACUAAUGACGGAACUAUAUGGAUUAUUAUAGGGAUUACAGUCAGUGUAGUUGUACUACUAGCAAUUAUUAUUGCUGUUAUUAUUGCUGUUGUUGCAGUUCGUCGGAGGAUCAAGAAAAGACGACACAGUCGAGGUAACAGAAGAGCAGCAGAUGAUGACAUUAAUUCACAGGAUGAAAAUAAUCAGAAUUUGCUAUGUACAGAGAAUGGUGACAAUGAGACACAAGAAAUGGUGACGUUUAUCGAAGAGAACCAAAGAGAGAGAAACAAUAGUGGGAAUGUUGAUGUAGAGAUGCAUGUUCCAUCAGUUACUGAUCAAUCAUCAAACCAAACUGUCAAAGAUGAUUCAAAUGAUGAGAAGAAGGAAAUACAAACACAUGCUGAUGAUAAUUCUGGAGAUGAAAAUGCGGAGCUGGAGGAUGUUGUAGUAGAUAACACACUUCGUGAGAGUGAUAACGGGGGUGGGAGUUCUAACAAUGUAACAAUGAAGCACGUGGAUGAACAGGAACAUCAAAGUAAUAUAGCUGAUACACACUUGAACAGCUCAGCAGAUUCAGGUAGUGACCAGGACGGAAAUGAAGACACAUCGAAAGAUAAUAUAGUAACUGAAGGAAUAUUUGUCGACUCGCCAAUUGACUCUGUCAAUGGAGUUUUAGAGCUAUUAUAGGGGGAAACAGUGUGCCAAAAAAGUGGAUUCAAAUUCGUCUAAGGAUAAGAGCUAUGUGUGAGGGAGAUAAUCCUUAAUUUUGAAAUGAAUUUCUAAAUUUUAUAACAGCGAUAAAAUAUACAUCCGUAUUUUCAAGCUAGUAACAAAGUACUUAGCUACUGGGCUGUAGAGACCCUCGAGGACUAACAGUCCACCAGCAUAGGUCUCGACCCAUGGGUCAUAAUGUAAAACUUAUACGGUACCAAUUUUGAUGCACCAGAUGCGCAUUUCGACAAAUAAUGUCUCUUCAGUGAUGCUCAACCGAAAUGUUUGAAAUCCGAAAUAACAAUGAAGUUUUAGAGCUAUUUCAGGGGAAAACAGAGUGCCAAAAAAGUGGAUGCAAUAUAACUCUCUAAGAUUUUUAUGGCUUGGCAGCCCUACACCGGCAAUAGUGACGUAUCUAUAUUGAGUGAAAUUUUCUCGAACGGAAUGUUAAACAAUUUACAACCAAUCCCUUCUUACCCCUGUAAAGCGCCUUAGAGUAAUUUGUUUUAAAUAAGGCGCUAUAUACGAGUUUUAUUAUUAUUAUUAUCAUGAUUUAUUUCCAUCAUUAGUGUUGAUUCUUGGCACUUGUGUGGGAUGUUUUCUGGGAAAUAAUAUUGUAGAUCUAGUAAUCUUAAUGCGUUUUCAAUUAUUUUUUAAUUCAAUAUUUACAGAAGAAGGUGGCUGGAGUGAGUUACAUGAUCUUUUGGAAUAUGUGUGUACAGGACCAGCCAGGAAAAUACUGUAUAAUGUUAUGAAGAUGUAUGUGGAUAAUCCAGACAGCUAUUAUCAAGAUGAAUCAAAAAAGACUUUAAUAAAAUCAGUAUUACCACCAGAGUACCAUUCAGGCCUUGUCCAUGAACUUUCCUACAGAAAUAAUAUUGCUGUUAUGUACGCUAUUCUACAAGUGUCACUUAGUGAGGAUCAUCGACCAAAAUCUGGUUGGGGUCAAAAGGUCAAGGACACAGACACUGGUGUAGGAGAUGAUGUAGAGAGAGUGUAUCAAGCUCACAGACUGAGUAGAGAAAUUCAGAAUCCAGGCAAAAUAUCUGUGGAUGGAUAUAUAAGGCUAUUUGAUAUGUUGAUAGGCGCUGUAGAGAGACUAGAUAUAAAGGGGAAAUGUAGCGAGGAUUACAGGGAGAUUGUGAGGAGGUGGGAGAAUAUCCAGAGGAAGAUGUGGGUGAAGGACAAAUGGACAACAUUCACAAACUUUAUUAGGAAAUGGUCUGAAUAAAUACAGAAUUGUGUUGGUAUUUGUAUUGUUACACAGUCGUACUUCAUUCUUUUCUAAUAUCAUAUGCUUCCGACUUAACAUCGAUUUCAUAACUCCUACAAGCAAUACAAAAUCGAUAGUUGGGUAAACACGGACCCCUGGACACACCAGAGCUGGGAUCGGGUGUCUAGGAGGAGUAUAAUUCUUUUAUAUGACCUUGUAUCUAUGCAGAAAUUAAAUUUCGACAAGAUUGGACAAUGUUGCCAUCAUGAAAAUGACAGUCAUGUUCUUAAAAGCAUGAAACUAGAA